CCCGUCGCCGCCAUCGUCGUGACUCUCCCGUCGUCUUCCCGUCCCGGGGCCCGGACAUGUUGGUGUUCAAGGAUGUGCCAUGGCGGCGGCUGAAGGGAGUUUCCUUUGGGAUGUACUCGGCCGAGGAAAUCAGGAAACUGAGCGUGAAAUCCAUCACCAACCCCCGCUACCUGGACGGCGUGGGGAACCCGGCGCCGAACGGGCUGUACGACCUGUCCCUGGGGCCGGCCGACAACAAGGAGGUGUGCUCCACCUGCACGCAGGACUUCCAGAACUGCCCCGGACACCUGGGCCACAUCGACCUGCCCCUCACCGUCUACAACCCCCUCUUCUUCGAGAAACUCUUCCUCCUGAUCCGCGGCUCCUGCUUGAACUGCCACCUGCUGACGUGCCCUCGCCCCGUGAUCCACCUCCUGCUCUGCCAGCUGCGGGUCCUGGAAGUGGGGGCCCUCCAGGGGGUCUACGAGCUGGAGGCCACCCUCAGCCGGUUUUUAGAAGAAAAUCCUAAUGCCUCCGCCACCGAGAUUCAGGAUGAAUUGGAGCAGUACACGAGGGAACUACUGGACAACAACCCGCUGGGAUCCCAGGGCUCUCAAGUGAAAAACGUGUGCGAGAGCAAGAGAACGCUGAUCGCCCAUUUCUGGAAGUCGAGCAUGACCUCCAAGCGAUGCCCUCACUGCAAGACUGGGCGGUCGCUGGUGCGAAAAGAGCACAACAGCAAGCUGACGGUCACCUACCCGGGAGUGGCCCGCAGGAAGUCCAAGAAAUCCGCGAAGGACUCAGAAAAGGACCAGGAGAAGACCCAACCGUCCUCAGCUAUCGAUGACGCUCAGUUGGGAAGACGAGGCUACCUGACUCCCGACACAGCCCGAGACCACAUCGUGGCCCUGUGGGAGAACGAAGGUUUCUUUCUGAAUCACCUCUUCUCAAGAAUUGAAAUCACGGAGAACGUGGAGGCGGGCUUCAACCCGGAAAUGUUCUUCUUAGACCUCGUGGUGGUCCCGCCGUCCAGGUACCGCCCCGUCAAUCGCCUAGGGGACCAGAUGUUUACCAACGGUCAGACGGUCAACCUGCAGGCCGUCAUGAAGGACGUGGAGCUGAUCCAGAAGCUUCUGGCUCUGAUGGCCCGAGAAAAGAAGCUGUGUCGGGAGACGGCGGAGACGGCCGCCGAAAAGGAGUCGGAGGAGCCCGAGGAGUCCUCGGUCCCAAUGGAUCGGUCGUUCCUGGGGUUGAUCCCGGGACAGUCGCACACGGACAAACUCUACAACAUUUGGAUCCGCCUGCAGAGCCACGUGAACAUCGUAUUUGACAGUGAAAUGGACAAGCUAAUGACGGACAAGUAUCCCGGCGUCCGGCAGAUCCUGGAGAAGAAAGACGGCCUGUUCCGGAAGCACAUGAUGGGGAAGCGCGUGGACUACGCCGCCCGCUCGGUCAUCUGCCCGGACAUGUACAUCGGCACCAACGAGAUCGGGAUACCCCUGGUGUUUGCCACCAAGCUGACCUACCCGCAGCCGGUCACGCCGUGGAAUGUCCAGGAGCUGAGGCAGGCGGUCAUCAACGGCCCCAACACCCACCCCGGGGCCUCCAUGGUCAUCAACGAGGACGGGACCCGGACGGCCCUGAGCUCCGGCAGCCCGUCCCAGCGGGAGGCCGUGGCCAAGCAGCUCCUCACCCCCGCCACCGGUCGCCCCAAGCCCCAGGGCAUGAAAGUGGUUUACCGCCACGUGAAGAACGGGGACGUGCUGCUGCUGAACCGCCAGCCCACCCUGCACAGACCGUCCAUCCAAGCCCACCGAGCCCGGGUCCUGCCCGGAGAGAAAGUGCUCAGGCUGCACUACGCCAACUGCAAAGCCUACAACGCCGACUUCGACGGCGACGAGAUGAACGCCCACCUCCCCCAGAGCGAGCUGGGCCGCGCCGAAGCCAACGUCCUGGCCUGCACGGACGAGCAGUACCUCGUCCCUAAGGAUGGCCAACCACUAGCGGGGUUGAUCCAGGACCACAUGGUAGCCGGAGCAGGCAUGACCACGCGAGGCUGCUUCUUCACCAGGGAGCAGUAUAUGGAGCUGGUGUACCGGGGGCUGACCGACAAGGUGGGACGCGUGAAGACCUUCCCUCCCGCUAUCCUGAAGCCGUAUCCCCUGUGGACCGGGAAGCAGAUCGUCUCUACGCUGCUGAUCAACGUGAUCCCCGAAAAUCACCUCGCGCUGAAUUUGUCGGGGAAGGCGAAGAUCAACGGGAAGGCCUGGGUGAAGGAAAGUCCCCGAGCCACUCCUGGCUUCGACCCCGAGACCAUGUGCGAGUCCCAGGUGAUCAUCCGAGAAGGGGAGCUGCUCUGCGGGGUGCUGGACAAAGCUCACUACGGCAGCUCGGCCUACGGCCUGGUUCACUGCUGCUACGAAGUGUACGGGGGCGAGACCAGCGGCAAAGUGCUCACCUGCCUGGCUCGCCUCUUCACCGCCUACUUACAGCUCUACAAGGGUUUCACGAUGGGCGUGGAAGACAUUCUGGUCAGACCCCAAGCCGACAUCAGGAGACGCACCGUCAUUGAAGAGUCCACCCUCUGUGGCCACAGGGCGGUCAGAGCGGCGUUUAACCUGCCAGAAACAGCAUCGCAGGAGGAGGUCCAGGGGCGCUGGCAAGACGCCCAUCUCUCCCAAGAUCAGAAGGAUUUCAACAUGGUAGAUCUGAAGUUCAAGGAAGAAGUGAACCAUUACAGCAAUGAGAUCAAUAAGGCCUGCAUGCCGUUUGGCCUUCACCGGCAGUUCCCGGAAAACAACCUGCAGAUGAUGGUGCAGUCGGGAGCCAAGGGAUCGACCGUGAACACGAUGCAGAUCUCCUGUCUGCUGGGUCAGAUUGAAUUGGAAGGCCGAAGACCUCCACUGAUGCCCUCUGGAAAGUCGCUGCCGUGUUUCCAGCCCUAUGAAGUGACCCCCCUAUCCGGGGGCUUCGUCACCGGCAGAUUUCUCACCGGCAUCAAACCACCAGAGUUCUUCUUUCACUGCAUGGCCGGGAGGGAAGGUUUGGUAGAUACAGCUGUCAAAACCAGCCGAUCGGGAUACCUCCAGAGGUGUAUCAUCAAGCAUCUGGAAGGACUGGUGGUCCAAUACGACCUAACGGUGCGAGACAGCGACGGCAGCGUGAUUCAGUUUCUGUACGGGGAAGACGGGUUGGACAUCCCCAAGACACAGUUCCUGCAGUCCAAACAGUUCCCUUUCCUUGCCGACAACUACGAGGUGAUCAAGAGGUCAAAGCACCUGGAUGAAGUUUUAUCCAGAAUGGAUCCGCAGCAGGGUCAGCAGCACUUCCGAGCCCUCCGGAGGUGGCAGAGAAAGCACGUGGCCUCCCCGCCGAGGGAAGGGGCCUUCUUGAACUUUUCGCAGAAAAUCCAGGCUGCCGUCCGGGCGCUGAACCUCUCGGGAGGCAAUAAAAACGGGCGCGAUCCCACGGCCCAAGAGAUGUUGAAGAUGUGGUACGAGUUGGACGAGAAGAGCCGAAAGAAAUACCAGAAGCGGGUCGUCCCUUGCCCCGAUCCCAGUCUGGCCGUCUGGCGUCCAGACAUCUACUUCGCCUCCGUGUCCGAGACGUUCGAAAGCAAGGUCGACGCCUACGUGACGGAGUGGGCCGCCCAGGCUGAGAACAGUUGCGUGAAAACCGAACUCUCUCCCGAAAGCUUGAGGACCCUGCUGCAUCUGAAGUGGCAACGUGCUCUGUGUGACCCCGGAGAGGCGGUGGGCCUGCUAGCCGGCCAGAGCAUCGGGGAACCCUCCACCCAGAUGACCCUCAACACCUUCCACUUCGCCGGCAGAGGAGAGAUGAACGUCACCUUGGGGAUCCCCAGGUUGAGGGAAAUCCUCAUGGUGGCCAGCGCCAACAUCAAAACUCCCAUGAUGAGCGUUCCAGUGCUCAACACCAAGAAGGCUCUCAAGAGGGUGAAGAAGCUGAAGAAGCAGCUGACCCGCGUGUGCUUAGGGGAGGUGGUGCAGAAAAUCAACGUCCAGGAAUCGUUCUGCACGGAAGGAAAGGCGAACAAGUUCCACCUCUUCCAGAUCCGGUUUAACUUCCUGCCGCCCGAGUACUACCAGCAAGAGAAAUGUCUGAAGCCGGAGGACAUUUUAUAUUUCAUGGAGAACAGGUUCUUCAAACUUCUGAUGGAGACCAUCAAGAGGAAGAGCAGUAAACUGACUGCUUUCAACCUGGUGAACUCGCGCAGAGCAAACCAGCGGGAUCUGGAUACCGAUGAGGAUGCUCCCGCCAGUCAGCUGCAGGAAAAUUUUGAGGACGACAAGGAAGUGGAAGGGCCGAUCGUUGACGGCGAGGCGGAAGAAGGAGAUGCCGACGCCACUGACAAGAAGCACAGAGAAAAGCAAGAGGAAGAGGUGGACUACGAGAGCGAAGAGGAAGAGCACGAGGAGAACGACGAGAACGAGGACGAACAAGAGGACGAGGAGGGCGACGGCGAGGAGCGGCAGGAGGACGAGGAGGCCGGUCUGCUUCCGGAGGGAGAUGGCCAAGCGCCUUCCUCCCUCAGACACGUCGGGAGAAGAAAGUCCGGAAGCCAGGCAGAUGGAAUGGCCGAGCUGAGGAUUCAGGCCGUGAGGAACGUCCAUCCAAACAUACAGGACUACGCCUACGACCCAGUGGAAGGUCUGUGGUGUGAGGUAUCCCUGAAGCUGCCCCUGAUGAAGGUGCACUUCGACCUGUGCUCCCUGGUGGUCUCCCUGGCCCAGCACGUGGUGGUCUACGAGACCAAGGGAAUCACCCGCUGCCUCCUGAACGACGCCACCAAGAAGAACGGGGAGAAGGAGCUCGUUUUAAAUACCGAGGGGAUCAACCUUCCGGAGCUCUUCAAAUACGCCAGCGCCCUGGAUCUGCAGCGUCUCUAUUCCAACGACAUCCACGCCAUGGCCAAUACGUACGGCAUCGAGGCGGCCCUGCGGGUGAUCGAGAAGGAAAUCAAAGACGUGUUUGCCGUGUACGGAAUCAAGGUUGAUCCUCGCCACCUUUCCCUGGUGGCAGAUUACAUGUGCUUCGAAGGCGUCUACAAACCACUGAACCGCUACGGGAUCCAGUCCAACUCGUCCCCCCUGCAGCAGAUGACGUUCGAAACCAGCUUCAAGUUCCUGAAGCAAGCCACCAUGAUGGGUGCGCAGGACGAGCUGAGAUCGCCUUCGGCGUGCCUGGUGGUUGGGAAGGUGGUCAAGGGCGGAACUGGCCUGUUCGACCUCAAGCAGCCCCUGAGAUAACGGCCGGCCGAGGCGACCGACAGCCGGAGGCCGCACUGGGGAGACGCCAACUAGACUCGGGGGCCUCGCCACGCGGCCUCCUGGCCCGGAGAGGAGGGUCCCGGGGCGGCGGGCCAGAAAUCGGACCUCGGCACCACCGUUGACUCUCCGGACGGCCUUGGGCGUUCUCCGCCUCGGUGUCCCCUUGCGAAAAUGGGGGGCGUGAUCCCUGCCCCUUCCCCGCUUCAGGGGGAGGUGGGAUCACCUGCAGAGUGCUUUUGAUCCCCUCAGCGAAGUUGUAAUUUAUGUAUUACUAAAACCGGGUUUUUUUUUUCCCCUUCAUCUCC